AUGGAAAUUAAUUGUAAUUCAAAGUAUCACGAAACACCAAUAAACUUGAUGAGUAACCAAAACAAUAAAACAUUUUUUAAAAAUUAUAGUUACCAAAAUGUAAAUACAAUGGAAGAUGGUGAAAAAAAUGAAAAAAAAAAAAAAAAAAUAUUUUCAGGAAAAUUUAGUGGAUAUAAAAAGUUAAAAUUUCUUAGAUUUUGUAAAUUAUAUAUUAAAAAGCCAAAAAGACAACGAAUAUUAAUUAACAUAUUUAUAUUUUUUGUAUUCUUAUUAAUACUAUAUAUAUGUUACAAAAAAAUAAAUAAUAUUAAAACAAAUUUUUUGAUUGCCUUAGUUCUUUACAGUUUAUAUUUUUUAUUAUUUUCUCUUUAUAUUUUUAGUACAAUAAUGAAUACCGAAAAUAAAUCUUAUGAAAUUAUUAAAGAUACUGAAAAUAUGUCUAAAAGAAAUAAGUUAAUUGAAAUGCCAUCAAAGGGAAUGUAUUUACAAUGUUACCCUGGAAAUUUUUCAUAUAAUAAAAAUGAAAAAUAUUAUAAAACAUAUGAAAAUUGUUAUAUAAAAAUGAAUCGUGAAAAUAAUAAUAUAAAUUAUAAUGAUUCUAAAAAUGUAUCCAAAUAUGAGUAUAUAGAUGAUAGCAAUAAAAUGAUUGAUAAACUUGGUGAUGAUUGUGAAAUGAUUUCUAUUGAAAGCAUAGCAAAACCAAUAAAAGAAGGUGCAGAAGGAUUUUUUACUGUUCAAUAUAAUUAUAUUUUUAAGGUAUCUAUUUUUUUUACAAUAUUAAUUUUAUUAUUACAUAUAAUUAGAGGAAAUGAUAUGAAAUUUCCACAGGAAUUUGGAUAUAUCCAAAAUAAUCCUGUUUUAGAUACAUGUAUUUUAAAUACCAAUCAAAAUAUUUGUUAUGUUGUUAUAUCUCCAUUAUCAUAUGGUCUAAUAACUUGCGCCUCAUUUUUAUUAGGAGCUAUUUGUAGUUCAUUAGCGGCUUAUAGCGGAAUUUAUGUUUCAAUAAGAGCUAACAUGAAAGUAUCAAAAGCAGCUACAUAUUCAUAUAAUAAAACUUUAGUAACAUGUUUUAGAAGUGGAACCGUAAGUGCUAUUGUAAAUAUAUCCUUAGUAAUAUUUGGUAUUUCAUCAUUGUUAUUAAUAGUAAAUAUAUUAUACCCAACUAUAUCUUUUACAAAAUAUCCAACCAUAAUUGUUGGUUAUGGUUUUGGCGCAUCCUUAGUCGCAAUGAUAUAUCAAUUAGCUGGUGGUAUAUAUACAAAAGCUGCAGAUAUAGGUGCUGAUUUAGUAGGAAAAAUUGAAAAAAAUAUUCCAGAAGAUGAUGCAAGAAAUCCAGCAGUUAUAGCUGAUUUAGUAGGUGAUAAUGUUGGUGACUGUGCAGGGCAAUGUGCUGAUUUAUUUGAAUCGAUAUCUGCUGAAAUUAUUGCAUCUAUGAUAUUAGGGGGUGCAUUAUGCGAAAAUAAUAUAAUCUCGGAUUCUGUUUGUAGUUAUUUUGUUUUAUUUCCUUUAUUUAUACAUUCAAUGGAUUUAUUUGUAUCAACAAUAGGUUCAUAUUUAGUUUACACAACAAAGGAUAAUCUGUUAUUAGGGGGUGGUAAAAAAAAUUUUGAAAAAAAUAGUUUGAAUUUUAAUGAAAUAAUUUCAGAAAAUUUAGAAGAUCCAUUAAAAAUUAUGUUAAAGGCAUACUUUAUAACUUGUGGUUUUUCUAUUUUAGGAUUUUCUUUAUUAUGUAAAUUUUUAUUUAGUAGUAUUGGUAGUGUUACAAAUAUUGAAGAUGGAACUUAUAAUAUAACAAAAGGAAAUGCAUGGAUUUAUUUUUCACUUUGUGGAAUUAUUGGAAUGAUUUGUUCAUAUUUAUUUGUCAUAUCUACACGAUAUUAUACAGAUUCAUCUUAUCCAAAAGUUAAAAAAAUAGCACAUGCAUCUUUAAGUGGACCAGCCACAAAUAUAAUAGCUGGGUUAUAUGUUGGGCUUGAAUCGACAUUUUUUCCGAUUAUAAUUAUAUGUAUAUCAUUGUUAUGUUCCUAUUAUUUAGGAAUCCAAAGUAAUAUAAAAAAAGGAAGUGAUGUGAUAAAUGGUUUAUAUGGUACAUCUAUUGCAACAAUGGGAAUGUUAUCAACAUCUGUUUUCAUAUUAAGUAUGUCAAAUUUUGGACCAAUAGCUGACAAUGCAGGAGGAAUUGCACAAAUGUCUAAACAACCUGAAUAUGUAAGGACAAUAACAGAUAAGUUAGAUGUAGUUGGAAAUGUAACGAAAGCUAAUACAAAGGGAUAUAGUGUCGGUUCUGCUGCACUUGCAUGUUUUUUAUUAUUUUCAGCAUUUCUUAGUGAAGUGUCUGAUAUAUCAGGAACAACAUUUGCAACUGUAGACAUUGCAUUACCAGAAGUAUUUAUAGGAGGUAUUCUGGGUUCUGCAAUUGUUUUUUUAUUUGCUGGAUGGUCUUUAGAUGCAGUUGGAAAUACAGCAGAGGAAGUUUUAAAAGAAGUUAGAAGGCAAUUUAAUGAACAUCCAGGAAUUUUAUCAUACAAAGAAAAACCAGAUUAUCAUAAAUGUGUAUAUAUAAUAAGCAAAAGAGCAUUGAACGAAACAUUUAAACCUGGAAUGUUAGGUAUUUUAGCUCCUAUAAUAAUAGGUAUUUUAUUUAAAUUUAUAGGAGUUUUACAAAACAAUAAAUUAUUAGGAGCACAAGUCAUGGCUUCUUUUAUAAUGUUUUCAACUUCUACGGGUAUACUUAUGGCUUUAUUUCUAAAUAAUGCUGGUGGGGCUUGGGAUAAUGCAAAGAAAUAUAUAGAAACUGGUAUAUAUGGUGGGAAAAAUAGUCCAGCUCAUAUUUCUAGUGUUAUAGGAGACACGGUUGGCGAUCCAUGUAAAGAUACUGCUGGUCCUUCUAUACAUGUUCUUAUAAAACUGAUUUCAACCAUAACCAUGGUGAUAACCCCUCUAAUAGCUUCAAGCCCAAACAAAUAA